AUGACGGCAACAUUAUUAAAGGGAACUGCAUAUAUCACAGGCGGUGCUUCUGGAAUUGGGAGAGCAACGGCGUUCGGCUUGGCAAGACAUGGGAUCAAACGUCUUGCGCUUACAGACAUCAGCCAGGAGAAUUUAUUGGCGACUUCUGAAGCUCUCAAAUCCCAGUAUGCAGACGUGGAAAUCGAGUCACUGCAACUUGAUGUUCGCGAUGUGAAAGCUGUAGACUAUAGUAUUACACAAGCGGUAAAAAGGUUUGGGAGAAUCGACGUUGCGGUUAACGUCGCUGGUAUUUCGGGGGCGGGGAAGGCAACGGAUGCUACUGAUGAGUCGGAUUGGACGAGUGUGUUAGAUGUCAAUCUGAAUGGGGUUUGGAGGAGUCAGAGGGCGCAGGUGAGGGCGAUGAUGAAGCAAGAGAACUUGGGGAUUCGGAAAGGACGGGGAAGCAUCAUCAACGUAGCUUCUAUGUACGGCUUGAUCGCAUCGCCGGUUGAUAUCCCAGCAACCCCAUACACAUCUUCCAAGCACGGAGUCAUUGGCCUUACUCGAAGUGAUGCGAUAACAUAUGCCCCUCACGGCAUCAGAAUCAACGCCAUCUGCCCAGGUUACGUAAGAACACCGCUUCUUCAACUAGCCACGGAACGUGGCUCGAUGGACCCGGAGAUUGCGAAGACGCCUAUGGGUCGCUUGGCUGAGGUGGAGGAAAUUUCUGAUGCGAUUGUAUUUAUGGCGAGCCCGAUGGCAAGUUUUAUGGCUGGGAGUGCUCUGCUGGUUGAUGGUGGCUAUUCUGCGAACUAG